AUGACCACGAAAUCUCCAAAGACUCUCGUCGUCACUCUCAAGUUGCCAGCAGACUCCCUAACCAGGUUCGCCCGCCCGCCCACGCCGGCGCCUAGCGACCAAGCAAAGCCUUCUCCAUCAACGCCCACGCCGCAAAUCGUCGAGUCUGCGCCUGCUGACGACACGCCCGCCGACGACACUAUCAUCAUGAACGACGCCAGCACUCCGUCGUCGCUUGCUCCUCCCACUGCCAAGAGGAAGGGGCCAAAGCCCGGCACCAAGCGGACUGCUGCUCAGAUGGAGGCUGGCUCCAACGCCGGAACUCCCAAGCAACCCAAGGCCAAGCCCGGGCCAAAGAGGAAGAAGAUGGGCGACAUCAUCAACGAUCCGAAUUCCAAGCCAUCCUUUGCCGCAACCCCGGCCAUUAACAAGGCAGGGCCAAAGGCAAAUCUCGGAGCCAUCAAUGAGCGCCUUCGCGCCCUUGACAGGUCAGGCGCAAAGUGCCGUCGCUGGGAGAAGAAGGGCUUUCAGGUUCGCAGCUUCACCGGCGUUCUCUGGCAGGUCCCUACAUAUCAACCCGGUCGAGCCUCCGCCUUUGCCGACGAUGUCAAGAGCGACAGCACCGGCACCAGCGACUCCAAGCUAAAGGACGAGAGCAGCGCAAUCAGCGACAAGAGCGGGCUCAAUGGCGACAGUGCAUCAGUACAAACGCCCAUGAACGGCAUUGCCAGCUCGCCGGCGCCCAUUGCCGCUUGA